AUGAAAGAGUAUUAUGAGACAUUUGGUGUGAUGCUUCUCACUCUUACGCUUUCUUUUAUAUUUAAGUUAUGGUUUUUCCGUGAUAACGUCCGUAUUCAUAGUGGCUUAAUCAUGAAAGUGUUAUUUAAUUUGUCAUUGCCUUGUAUCAUAUUUAGAAAUUUAUAUAACAUGAAUGGCUUAGAUUUAGAAAGUCUCUAUUUAGUAGUUGGCGGUUUUAUAUAUCAAUUUAGUAUUGGUGGACUUGCUUGUCUAGUUUUUUUAUUUAUAAAGAACCCCGACCAUCGCAAAUUAGCUAUUUUUAAUUCAUUAGCACUCAACACCGCGCUUUUCAUAUUUCCAGUGUUAAAGUCCGUAGCUCCCACAGAUGGGAUAUCCAAAUGUAUUUUAUUUUGUUUUUCAAAUGAUUUGUGUUGUUAUUUAGUAAUACGCCCUUUAUAUGCUUGGCUUGGUUUAACACAGUCCACGCGAGAAAAAGGUGAAAUAUCAAUAGAAAUGGAAACAAUCAGUACUUCCCACUCCCAGACGAUACCACACGACUCCCAUCCAAGUAAAGAAUCUCCUCAAAAAGAAAACAAAGACAAAGACACAACUAAAUUACUUAACACAUCAAAAGACGAAGAAGAAGAAGAUCACAAAACAAUUCAUAUCAAUGAACCAGGAAAUGUUAUUAAUGAUGAUUCAACUCAAAUUGAUUUAGGAAAUGCCACUUUGGUUCAACAAAAGAAGACAAGUUUGAAGGAUAUUAUAAUUAAGAAGUUAACUAAUAAAAAUACUAUUCAAAUAGCAAAAGGAACUUUAAUGGCCGUAAUCACUUCUAUACCAAUUUACGCAACAUUCUCCGGCUAUUUCUUCGCUCUCACUCAAUUCCGUUUACCUCACGUGUUACUCACGUUCAUCGACACUUGCGCCAAUGCAAACUCUUUGCUCGCCUAUGCAAUUUUAGGCAGUUUCUUCGAGUGGAAGAUUCCCAAGAAGUAUCUCUUAACAUGUUUCUCUGUUGUGCUCUAUCGGAUGCUCUUUGGUCUUGCCUUCGGCUUGAUCGUCUACUUCGGCUUUCAAAAAUGGAUCGGUCCUGUCGCUCGUUUUGUGAUGUUAAUAUCUCCGUUGACUCCAGCUCCUUUGAUUGACUCAAUUUAUACUAUUGAGUACAAAGUAACACCCCAAGAGAUACCAAUUAUGAUUAAUAACUUAACUAUAGUAUGUAGUUACAUUGGUAUACUUAUACUAAUCCCAAUAAUUAAUCCAUGA